GUACAUGCGGUGGAGGCCUCAAAGGUUUCCGAUUAUUGUCGAAUUUACGCCAUAAGUGACCCGAGCAAUGCUGAAUUUCGGGACUCCUGCGACCAUCUCCACAAUGAGCCAUAUGAGCAGUGUUAUGAGUCACAGGAAGUAUUGUGUACCAUAGAAGAUGAGUGUUCAAGUGCGCUCUCGUCAGCAGAAGAUCAAGCUGACAUGCAACUUACCAUCAAACAGGCAAGGGAUGAUAUCAUUUGCUGGAAAGCCCAUUAGCUACGUUCAGUCCACCAAGCUGGGGCGAAGCAUUCAGUUUUAGCCAAACUCGACAGCCGAUCGGUGUUGUUAGUCCAGGACUGGGCAAUGAAAUAUAUACCCCGAAAAUAUCGAGAGGCGCAGUCAGAUUGGUUUGCGAAGCGAGGAUUGCCAUGGCACAUUAGCGUUGCCAUAAGACGGUCAGAGGGUUCUGAGCACUUUGAAUCACAGACACCUGUUCACGUAUUUCAAAGCUGCGCCCAAGACAGUGUGACUGUGGUUUCGAUUAUGCUUGACUGCCUCACUACCCUGAAAAAGGAAAUUCCAGAGCUGGAAAUGGCUUAUUACAAACAAGAUAACGCUGGCUGUUAUCACAGCGGAAAUUCAAUCAUCUCAGCUAAGCUGGCCGUUGAUGCCAUGGGAGUGGCUGUUGUAAGAAACGACUUUUCGGAUCCUCAAGGUGGAAAAGGGGUAUGUGAUCGCAAAGCGGCAAUAAUCAAGGGAAGGUACGUUGGAAGGUACGUAAACGAAGGCAAUGAUGUCAUCAACGCUCUACAGUUCAAAACAGCCAUUGAAUCUGGCCAAGAAACCACAGGAGAGAAAGCAAGUUAUGUUGCUGCCAAACCGUCAAACACCUUUAAUAUCAAAUGGGAUGGCAUAAGCUUACUCAACAAUUUUGAGUACGAUGAAAGUGACACAUGA